UUUUGUCAAGCAAUUUACCAGCAAUUACCUCUUCGUUUGUAAAAGUUGAGAAAAUAUUAAAAGAACUUGUAAACGUUCUUAUUCGAGUUUAAACAAAUUCUUAAAUAUUUUUGUAUUUUUCCUUGAAAAAUAUUAAUGUGCAUUUUGAUUUAAUAAGAGUGACCAAGAGUAAAGUGAACAUUGUGACGUGUUCAAUUGGGAUUGUGACGUGUACAGAUUUUAUUUUUGUUGCUCAAAAUUUCUGGUCAAAAUGUUGGACUAUGUGGUAGUCUUUACUAAAGGAGGUGUAGUUUUAUGGAAAUGUAAUUCUACGGGUCAAAAUGUCACACCAAGCAUAAAUAGUUUGAUACGCAGUGUUAUACUAGAGGACCGCAGUACAGAAUCGAAAUCUUUUGAAGAGGAUAACUUGGCUAUACAGUUCAAAUUGGAUAAUGAACUUGAAUUGGUUUAUGCCGUGGUAUACCAGAAGGUUAUCAAAUUGCCCUACGUCGACAGUUUUCUAAGCGAUAUGCAAAAUGCCUUUAAGGAUAAGUUUAGCGAUAUAUUGAUGUCAUCACAGCGUUACGGUGUGGACUAUGAUUUUGACAGCGAGUUUAGAGCCACAUUGGCUGUAGCGGAAAGCUCGGCUAAGCAAAAUAGCAAAGCUCCGAAAGCAAUGAGGUCCUUUAAUGAGUCUCUUAAAUCGAAAAAAACGGUGGCUUCAAUGAUUGAAACUCCAAAUGAUAACAAAAAGAGCGAUAAUACGAAGAAAGUGAAUAUAGUAGAGAGUCCAAAAGUUACAUCUUCAGAGAAAUCCGUUUCAAAUGAAGAUAUUAUAAUGGAAAACCGCAAGAAAUUAAGAGAAAAGUUAUCUGGUAAAAAAAGUCCACAGCCAGAGGGUAAAAUUAAAGCUGAAAGGGAAAAGGCUGGCAAAAAGCCAAGGGUUUGGGAUUUGGGCGGAAGCUCUAAGGAUGCUGUAGUAUUGGAUCGUUCCAAAGAUAAUGCUGACGAUGUUCAAUAUAAAAAUAUUCAAAAUGAUAUUGUAGGAACAAUGCAGGGAAGCAUACGAGACUUGGAAGUAGACAGUGACGAUGAUGAAGUUGAUUCUGAAAACGACGAACCUACAAUGCAAAUUGUAUCAGAUAGUAAGAAAAAGUCAGGCAUUUUAUCGUACUUCAAAGGAUUUGUAGGAGGGAAAACGUUGACACGCGCAGAUUUACAGACUGCUUUAGAUAAAAUGCGCGAUCAUCUAAUUUCAAAAAAUGUUGCCUCGGACAUUGCAUACAAACUUUGCGACUCCGUCGCCACAAGUCUGGAAGGAAAAUCUAUUGGCACAUUUGACUCGGUAGCUGCUAUGGUCAAAGACGCUUUAACUAUGUCUCUAGUGCGUAUUUUAUCACCCAAACGACGUGUUGAUAUAAUACGUGACGCUCUGGAAGCCAAACGUAACAACAGACCAUACACAACAAUUUUCUGUGGUGUUAAUGGUGUGGGAAAGUCUACAAAUUUAGCCAAAAUAUGUUUUUGGUUAAUAGAGAAUGACUUCAAUGUUCUAAUAGCUGCUUGCGAUACUUUCCGUGCCGGAGCUGUGGAACAAUUGCGUACGCACACACGCCAUCUGAAUGCCCUCCAUCCACCAGAGAAACAUGGAGGUCGCACUAUGGUUCAGCUUUAUGAGAAAGGUUACGGCAAAGAUGCCGCCGGUAUUGCUAUGGAGGCCAUUAAGUUUGCUAACGACACUCGCAUCGAUAUUGUAUUAGUGGACACUGCUGGUCGUAUGCAAGACAACGAACCGUUAAUGCGCUCUCUAUCAAAACUUAUUAAAGUUAAUGAUCCCGAUUUGGUGCUCUUUGUUGGCGAAGCUUUAGUCGGCAAUGAAGCCGUUGAUCAGUUGGUGAAGUUCAAUCAAUCUUUGGCCGAUUAUUCCUCCGACGAAAAUCCCCACAUUAUCGAUGGCAUUGUUCUAACGAAAUUUGAUACGAUAGACGAUAAAGUUGGCGCUGCCAUAUCAAUGACCUAUAUCACCGGUCAACCGAUUGUAUUUGUUGGCACCGGUCAAACCUAUUCCGAUUUAAAAGCUAUCAACGUUAAUGCAGUGGUGCAUUCGCUUAUGAAGUAAUUCGUUGCUUGUCCCUUAAUUAUUUCCCUCGUUUUUUUUCCUGUUUUAUUUUUACACAAUUUCAAUUAAGUUUAAUUUUGUUUCUGUUUUGUACAUUAAUUAAAAAUCUUUAUUUUAUAAAAUUAUAAAUACAUACAUAUUUAGAAAAUACAACAAACUUGUUUUAAGAAACUAUU